UUAACACUUCCGCAUUGACUCAUAUUUUUAGACCGGAGGUUGCCGCUUGGUUCAGUCACAGUCUAUUUUUUACAGUCUAUGGUCACAGUCAUCUGACCGACCAAGUGACGGUCACGUGGUCAGCAAAGUCGUCUCCCUACGAGUUCGAGUAACUUUCUGUUCCUUUCCCCCACGUAGCGAAGUGAAUUAAACAUGCGUGGGCUGAUCUGUGGACCAAAACAGGCCGCAUGCGGGGUCGUGCUGAGUUUGUGGGGGGUCAUCAUGUUGUCCAUGCUGGGGAUUUUCUUCAUCACACACUCAGCUGUGCUGAUAGAGGACGUGCCGUUUUCAGAGGAAGACAUGAAGAAUGAUACCACCCCUCCUAAGAGGAUCUACGAGCUCUACGAUAAAGUCGGAUAUAACUGCUUGAUCGCUGCAGCCGUCUACGUCUUCUUUGGAGCUUUUUCAUGCUGCCAGAUGAGACUCAACAAGCAGAAGGAUUACAUGGUGCACUAGCGCCCCCUACUGGACAGAGGGCAGCCUGGAGGUUCAAUCAUUUCAGAAAUCGAUCACUGUGUGAGCUGAUUAAUGGGUUUAAAUGUAACCUCUGAUCAAACCUGGUGGGCUCAUCUAAUCAUCAGAGUCUAAACUGACUGAAAUCAUGUUUGUUAAUAAUGUGAAUGGUUAAUUGAUUUAGUCUGUGCUGUAAAAAGAGAAUGUAUGUCAGUAAACACCUGUGAUGUUAUUUAUUUCAGUUAAAUCCUGCGUGUGUAAGUGCCUCAGAGAAAUCUCCUCUCUGUUUCUGACUCUCUCUGAUUCAAUGUGAUAAAUUAAUUUAGAGCAGCGUCACAGGAACGCUGAUCUGUCAGGUGGGUCUGUAGCGGUGAGAUUCAGAGAUUUGUUGUUUUGUGUCGAUCAUUUCAAACAUUAAAAAACACAAUGAAAACCA